CCUGGCCCUCCCUGCAUGUGGCAAAGCACAGACUUCCUGUUUCACCCCUGGCAUUCCCCUGCUGUUCUCCCAGUCUUCCAGGAGUGAUUCCUGGCUCAGACCCUGGACCGGGAAAGGGACAGAGCAGCUGGCAGACCCAGCAUCCAGGAUGCUCACCAUGACCAGGGCCUUAGAAGAGGCUCUUCUCCAGCACUUCAUAUACCAGAAGCUGGAAACUGCUUAUGCCAUAUACAAGCCAUUUCCCUUCCUUGAAAGCUUCCGAGACAAAUCCUUCAUCACGGAGACAAUGUACAGGGAAUCCUUGGAAGCCUGUAGAAAUCAGGUCCCGGUACCCAGAGUAGUGUACAACAUCCUCACCCACCUGGAAAAGACCUUCAGUCUGUCGAUUCUGGAGACGUUGUUCAGCCGAAUUAACCUGAGUGAAUAUCCCCAUCUGACAACUAUUCUCAAGGGCUUCAAAAGCGUUGUCAUUGCCUAUGGAGGAUGCAACAGAGCUGUGCUGACCCCCCUCGAAGCUCCAGCCAACCCAGCAGAAGGAUGCUCCCUCAAGACGCUGCUGCCCCUGCCCCCACCCCAGAGCCACCAGCCCCCUUCGCCCAGUGUCACUGAACCCAGUUCAUCAGCACAGCAUAGAGCUGAGAUCGUGGAUGAACCAUCCAGCCCUUCUGACCCUGCUGUGGCUCUCCCCAGAGCCAUCCAGGAAGGAAGGAUCAUUCAAGACCCACAGGAGACAUUUGGCUCUCCCCCCAACACUGUUCAAGUGAUAACAGAUGACUCUCCCGAACCAAAUGACCCCAGAGAGCUCCAGGAGGCAUCCAGCAUACCUCCCAACAAGAAAGGAAAGAAAAGAAAAAGAUGUAUCUGGUCAACUCCAAAAAAGAGACGCCAGAAAAAAAGACUCCCAAAAGGGAAAGCCUCGCCUCGGCAAAGAAACCAAGAGAAGCUCCAAGUGGUGGAACAGGCAACUCAAAGGAAGGACGAUUCACCCAGGAAGUCAAAUGUCAUGCCAAGCGCCCAAAAGGCAAGCGCUGAAAGUGCCCAAAGCUCUGGACCGGAGGAAACCAGUGAUGACUCACCAGAAAUGAAUGAAGAAAAGAGCCUCCAGGAGGAGCCGCCCAGCACAGCACCAAGUACCCCACAUGGAAAGAGGACAGAAAAAUAUAAUCUUCCAUCUUCAAAAAGAAGACAGGAAAGAAAGCUCCCAAGAACCUCACCUAGGCCCAGAAUCCAAGAGAAACUCCAUGCGGUGGAUCAAGCAACUGAAGGGAAAGGUGAUUCAACCAGGAACUCUAAGAUCAUGACAAGGGCCCCAAAGGCAAGGACUGAAUGUGUCCAAACCUCUGGACCAAAGGAGAAGAAAAGGAAAAAAGAUGUUGAUUCAAGUUCAACAAGAAAGUGUCAGAAAAACAUUCCUCCAAAGGAAAAACCUGAAGAUGAAACUGUAGAUUUUCUCUCUCCUGAGCUUCCUGUGACCUGUGGUGAAGCCAAAGGGAUUUUAUACAAAGAGAAAUUGAAACAAGUCCAUCUUUAUCUUACAGGCUCCUCAGAGAAGUGCAUUCGGAAUGAGGAGGGGGUUUGGUUCACACCAAAAGAAUUUGAAAUCGAAGGAAAACGGGCACAUACAAAGAAAUGGAAGGAGACUAUAUAUUGCAGAGGAAAGACCUUAGGAGAACUGCUGGAGAAAGGACUUUUGGUCUGUCCUCCAAGAAUUGUCAAGAGAGAGGAACCGUUCUGGGUCUGCCCGGCACACUUGUAUGCACACAGUGGACGGGACAGCUCUGAACCCAGAGGCACAGGCAGCCUGGGUGCCAGUCUGGCUCAGGGAGAAAACUCCAAGGAAUGUGAGGUGUGCUGUAGACGCGGACCACUGGUCUGCUGUGACACUUGUCCAAGAGCCUUUCAUGAGGACUGUCACAUCCCAUCUGCAGAGGCAGAGAGGAGCCCGUGGACUUGCACCUUCUGCCGGAUAAAGGAGUCUUCGGGAAGGCAGCCGUGUCACGGGGAAUCUGAGGUCCCGGAGGGGCAGAUGCAGCCUGAGGAGCGGUUGAAAUGUGAGUUCCUCCUCUUGAAGGCCUACUGUCAUCCACAAAGCUCCUUUUUUGCAGAAACCCCACAUAACAUUCGAGAUUAUGGAGAACCCUUUAAGGAAGCCAUGUGGUUGGACCUGAUUAAGGAAAGGCUGAGUGAGAACGUUUACACAGUGGCGUGGUUUGUUCGUGACGUGCGCCUCAUCUUUAGCAACCAUAAAACAUUUUACAAGGCUUCCAACUUUGGUCAGAUAGGACUGGACUUGGAGACAGAAUUUGAAAAGAACCUCAAAGAGGUGUUUAUUUUUUGCAAAGCCAAUGAGAACAGAUUCCAGACUCGUUGACCCUGUUCUAGAAAGACUAAGACACCCCAACUUCAGGACCCAGAUGACAUGACCCUGGUCACCUUUAAAUAGCCAGUGAGUCUGGGAUGCUAUUGGCUACCCUCUUGACUCAAA